AUGGCGGAGCCUCCUAAUCUCCUUUUUCCGCGCCACCCGGACGACCUUGAGCAUCCACCUGAGCCUAGUGAACUAUAUGACUUGAUGGCGCUUAAAGAUCCACCUGAAGAUUGGAAGUUUCUGACGAGAACUCUGAGUACGUCGAGCCAGUCGAAAGGGCGCGAGAUCGGGGUCGGACAGAUUGAUGUAGUGAUGAAACAUUACUUUUGGGGAAUUCAUUACGAGAAGCAGCUCGUCACUGCUCAUUACACCAGAAAGAGGCGAAAUAUUAUCGAUCUCAAGAAGAUGUUGUGGAAGUUGUUCUAUUACAUGCAAGAGCAGCAUCGUCCAAAGAGCUGGAUGGAAUUGUUUAACUUCAACCGGGACAGUGGGCCGCGACUAAUGAAAUACGAUCUUGAACCACGCCCUACGCCUGUCAGUCGAUGGUAUCGGACCCUUCCCGAGAUCGAUGUAGCUAUCCUUCCUGGGUACCAGCGUCCUUCCGAUGCGAAGCCCGAGACAUCAGAUGGUUAUCUCCAGCAAUUUCUCUUCUCAGCCGACACUUAUGUAGAGCCAUCUCAAUCAAUACCCCGGCUCAUAACGGUACGCCCCGGACCAGUAUCGGACCAAGAGGUAGGCGAAAGGAUUCAGGAGUAUUUACAGCCAUCCUCGUCACCGAUCUUCGAGCACUGGGGCUUACAGCAGUCUCCAGGACUUGAUAAACGAAACCUAGCGCCGCUCGUAGGCCCAAACAAGCGACGACGAGUUCUUUCGCCCGGCGCUCCUGCUUACACGGGCCCGAAACCUAUAGGCCCCGGUGGCUUUGAUCCUAUCUAUGCUGCCCCCAUCCGCAGAUACGAUGACCCAAUCUAUGCGGACCCUAGCCACAGUCCACUCUUCACAACAGCCCCUGUUGGCUAUCAGCAAAUCAACAAGCUAGUUGACACGGCCCUUUCAUCUGCCUAUGAUCCUAGAAAUGUCACAGAGAUCAUUGAAAAGGCCCUUAUGAAUAUUGCAUACAAUGACCUGGAGCGCGAUCCCAGUGCCCCAAUUCGCACCGUGCCUACUCCGCAAUUGACUGCUCGCUCGCUUAACGAUCUGUUUAACACCCAGCUUGGGACCUUCAAUAAUAUAGCCAACGUAAGGUUGGAUCCUGUGACCUUUAAAUGGGAUGCAAAUGGCCUCGUUUAUCCUCUGCGUGGCCGCGGUCCCAUCUGGAGUGGAAAUUCCUGUUCCAUUGAUGCCGUCAUUGCAGCGGGCAUUUUGAUUGAUGCUGGCUGCACCAGGAUCGACCGUUACAAUAACCGACAGGCAGAUUUCAAAGAUAUUGAGAAAGCUUUUGUGGAAACUAUCAACGUGGCCUGGGAUGUCUUGGAUGAACACAAUUCUCGCGUCCAACGCGAUAUGUUCUUCCAGAAGGUCUGCGAUACUUAUCCAAGCAUGAAAAUGGGACAACCUGUUCCGCCAUGGGCUGUUUGGGCAGAAAGCACUAAGAACUUUGCUCAGUUUCGAUUUUUUUACGCUGAGCGAAUAGUGCCCUGCAGAUGUACACGUACGAAAGCGUUUGUCAUGUCCCACCAAGGUUCCUGCGUGAUGCCGGCCUAUAUCAAGGGCGAUGAAAAGGGGAUCGGGGUAUCUCAGUUGCUUGAGCGAUGCUUCUAUGCCAGGAAGGAAAGUAAGUGUAUAGCAUGUGGUGGAGUCAAUAUUCGGAGCGAGAGAAAGGUCGGUCAGCUUCCACUACGCUUGACCAUGACCUUUGAUGGAAGGUCAAAGAUUCUUGAUCACACCAAAGAUAUUGACUUCCAGUAUAUUGACUAUGGCGACAACGUCCAAAGAGCGAGGUACCGUUGGCUUGGUGGCGUCUAUAUCUACAAAGGGCAUGCUCGUGUCUACUGGACAGAUACGAAGCGUGGUGAAUACGACACAGGAAACAUUUGCAUGUACGACAGCCAGCUGAAUCACGGCUUGUUUGCGGGUGGAAUCCCAUGCUAUAACAAAAAUAAUCGAGUCCCCAUUGAGUGGUGCACCGGUGGUGCUAUACCACUGGUGUUCUAUGAACGGAUCAUGAACCCUGCGAAGGAUGUCCUGGCAGCAGCUCUCCAGACCGUACAGGAUAUGACCCUCUUGAGAUCGCAGGAUAAAGAAAUUCUCCAGAACCACAACCCUUGGGCUCCAUCCUCUCCCCAAAUCCAAAAGGAGCCCUGGAAUCGCGUCCUGCCCGGUCUCGCCCAGCCCUUCACUGCCUUCCCACCGUUCACUGGCUACGACGAGCAACUUCUUCCUGGACAAGCCCUCAGUCCACCAAUUCAGACAUCCGUCUUAUCUGUGUCUCCACCUGUUGGCGCUCCUUUGACCCCUAGCAGUGCUAACCGGGCGGCUCUCAACCCAGCACUCCUUGAUCCGAAUGUCAUCGACUGGACAUUAAUUGACCCAGCGUUAUUAGCCAGCACCGCCCCACCACCUACCUCAAGCUACCCGGCCUUCAACUGGCUCUCAUAUCGGGAGCCGGUGCCAGAUGCAGCGCUAUUCUCUCCUCCCACAACCGUGACCCCGAGCGAGGACGGGUUCGACAUGUAUCAUGGCGCACUCGACUUCGCACAGCAGGACCCGAACUGGUUUGCUGAGAUGUCGACCCUUUGGCCUCAUGGUCAACCUGCCGAGGAGGGCGCUUUGGACUUCCCCGGGCUAGCUGAGAACCCCCAGCUUCGGACAAGGAACGAUGCCGUUUCGAGAGAUGCAGAUAAUGAUGUUAUGAUGAUGGAUGUCGAUGUGGAUGAGUCGGAUGGCGGAACUCGGGCGCCGCAUCCAAGAAAGGGUCAUCAAGCCCGUCGUAAACAAGCUCCUGCGGUCACACCGGAGGUGUCCGAUGCGGAGUUUGAGGUGCAGUUAACGCCACGUCGUCAAACUCGUUAUGCUAAGAGACUUGGUACUGAGAGCCCCAAGAAAGCUAGCCCCAAGAAGGCUGCAAAAUCUCCUCCAAAGAAAGCGAAGAAAAUGGCGAAGAAGGAUUCUGAAGAGGACUCAGAGCCGAAAAGGGUUCAGCCUCCUAGGAGAGGUAAAAAGUAG